CUUCAGGGUUUAGUAUCGCAAUCGCUAAAAGUGAUCUUUCGGGAACUGACAAAGUGAUCGAGUUGUAAUCGAUUGACAGUACUUUUUUCUUGCUGAAACUGGAAUGAACUCUUUGUUAUUUUAAAAUUAUUAUUCUAGAUCAGUUGUAAAAGUUCAUAUCUGGAUAAAGAAAGAAGGUAGAUGUAAAUAUUGCGAUAUUUCAGCGUUACUAUUUAUAAAUAAUAAUCGCACAUAGGUGUCAGCUGCGAAAUUGUCUUUAUGAUCUCCAUGUGUGCUAUCUUUGAAGUUAAAAAAUAGAUUUAUCAUCAUCUUUUAAUACAUACAUUUUUUAAAAGACUUAAAAGUAACGGUUUUUCUGCAGAUUUCAAAAAUGUCUGCGACUCCAAAAUCCAAAAUGACAUUUACCACUCCGAUACCUGAAGAACUUCUUCCAGAUUGUUGGAGUAAAGAAGAGCGAAUGAAAUCACUGUUUGCUCCAUUCCGAAAUCGUUCUGCAAAUCCUGAAGAUUGGAAUUCCAAGUAUAAAUUUUGGAAUCAGUUUAUUAAUGAUUGGGCUGCUUACCAUUAUCGAUGCAGUUUUUCUCUCGCUGAUUUGAAUAUUAAUUUUAAACGAAACGGUUGUACAGCAUUAUGUUUACCCACUGUACUUAUGGAACUUUACAAUAAUGGAGAAGUUGUGCCAGAAUCAGAAUUCUUAAGAGAGCCUAGUAAAACAUGGACUGGUUGGACAGUGGAUUUGUUUGUCAAAAAACCCAUAUCAUGGUCUUUUUCAAAACUUAAAAGUUAUGUUGCUGAACCUACAAUCGAACUUGAUACUAAAUAUAUACAUCUUCCUACUGUCAAAUCGUUAGCAAAUGUCAUAUUAUCUUCAUUGGACAGUAAACAAGAGAAUAUUUUGUUAACUCUAUCUGAGAUCACACAAAAAUGUAAAGAGAAAACUGGCAGUGACAGAAUAACAGAAAGCAAUGUUCGAUUAGCAUUGAUUUGGUUAAGAAACACAAAAAAAGCUGCAUUCAGAGAAUGUAAAGAAGAUAGUCAUAAUUUACUUGUAAAGAUAUCUUCAAAAGGUGCCGAAGAAGUUUCAGAAGUUGACGAAGGUACCUACAAAUUAACACAGCAAGAAAUGUUGUUAAUCAAAAAUAUAGAACAAUUAGAAACCGAAAGAAAUGAAGCAAUUACUAAAGCCAAAUCAGCAGUAGCCAGUGGGUUGAAACAAGUAGCUAAAAGCUUUCUUAGGAAAAAACAUGAAUUGGAUAAAUGCAUUGAAAGACGUAGUGCUGCACUACUGAAUGUUCAAAAGCUAUUAUCUAGGAUUCAUGAUGCCCAUUACGAUUCUGACACAUUGGAAGCUUACAAAGCAGGAUACAGCGUUCUAAAGAAAUUCGAAGAUGUUGGUCUUACGGAACAAGAAGCUGCAAAUACAAUGGAUGACAUGGCAGAAAUUUUGGAUGAACUAAAAGAAGUUCAGACUGUGAUGGCUCAGCCCGUGGCUUUGAAUGAAUCUGAUGCAGAAUUAGAGCAAGAAUUAGCAGAUAUUAUGGGUACAGCAUGGGAAGACUUGCCUAAAUCUGGUAAAACUAAAGAUAAAUCAUUCAACUCAGUAGAGCUACCUGAUCUAUCAGCGUUGGAUUUGCAGGAUCUCCCAGCGCCAAAGAGCAAAAAUUCAGUUCAACCAAGCCAAGAGUCUUGAACUCGAACAUUCAAUAAAUAAAUUAAAAGAAUGCUGCAAA